AAGCUUGAGUCUCUAUUCACUGCACUAACGUAAUGGCCUUACAUGGGGUUGGUGCUCAAUACAUGUUUGUUGCAUUAAACUGAGACCUAAAACCUGUAGGAAAACUUAAGAGUAUAUCAGUUAUAUGAGUGGUUUAGAGCAUGGGUUUGAGUCAAAUGGCAAGAACUUACAUCUUUCAGCUAUGCUACCUAGCUGUGUUAACAUUGCUGAACUUCCGGCUUUUAUUGGUAGAAUGAAGGGUGAGCCAGGAGAACACAAGGAGACCUCCUAAACAGGAGCCGCUGUUUAGCAUUCCUGCUGCUGCCGCUGCCGCUGCCUGACUCUGUGCGCUGAUUGGCUGGAAUCAAUUGAGAAGGGAGCCAGGGAGAGAUGCUCUUGACUCCACUCAGAUCCAUCCUGGGGACCUGAGCAGAAGAGGCUCUCACCGCACCUAGCCUUUGCCUAGGCUCCCACUUCUUCUUUGCCACUGGGCCUUGGCCCAGGAGCCACAACGGGCGACACGGAGCCGCCAGUGCUGGAGGGGGAGCCGUGGGUGCGGGGCAGCGUGGGGGCAGAGGCCCCGGGACGCCCGCCCGGCCCCAGGCCCCGCUCCGCCCGGGCGCCCCCACGGGUGCCCCCACCUUCCUGGUCUGAGCAGUGCGAGUGUGCUCGGGAGCCCGGUGGUGGCAGCGGUGUGGAAACUGGCGUGAGCUGGGGGGUCCGAGCCGCGGGGGGCAGUGCCAUGCACAAGCACCAGCACUGCUGUAAGUGCCCCGAGUGCUAUGAGGUGACCCGCCUGGCCGCCCUGCGGCGUCUUGAGCCUCCUGGCUAUGGGGACUGGCAGGUGCCGGACCCCUAUGGGCCAAGUGGGGGCAAUGGGGCCAGCUCCAGUUAUGGAGGCUACAGCUCGCAGACCCUGCCUUCACAGGCAGGGGCUACCCCCACCCCUCGCACCAAGGCCAAGCUCAUCCCCACGGGCCGAGAUGUGGGGCCAGUGCCCCCUAAACCAGUCCCCGGCAAGAGCACCCCUAAACUCAACGGCAGUGGCCCCAGCUGGUGGCCUGAGUGCACCUGUACCAACCGAGAUUGGUAUGAGCAGGCCAGCCCUGCACCCCUCCUAGUGAACCCCGAGGCCCUGGAGCCCAGCCUGUCGGUGAACGGCAGUGAUGGCAUGUUCAAGUAUGAGGAGAUAGUACUGGAACGGGGCAACUCUGGCUUGGGCUUCAGUAUCGCAGGUGGCAUCGACAACCCUCAUGUCCCUGAUGACCCUGGCAUCUUUAUUACCAAGAUCAUUCCUGGUGGAGCAGCUGCCAUGGAUGGGAGGCUGGGGGUUAAUGACUGCGUGCUACGGGUGAAUGAGGUGGACGUGUCGGAAGUGGUUCACAGCCGGGCCGUGGAAGCACUGAAGGAGGCGGGCCCUGUGGUGCGGUUGGUGGUGCGGCGGCGACAGCCCCCACCUGAGACUAUCAUGGAGGUCAACCUGCUCAAAGGGCCGAAAGGCCUGGGUUUCAGCAUUGCUGGAGGCAUUGGCAACCAGCAUAUCCCAGGAGACAACAGCAUCUACAUCACCAAGAUCAUUGAGGGAGGAGCUGCUCAGAAGGAUGGACGCCUACAGAUUGGGGACCGGCUGCUUGCGGUGAACAACACCAAUCUGCAGGAUGUGAGACACGAGGAAGCGGUAGCCUCACUGAAGAACACAUCAGAUAUGGUCUAUCUGAAGGUGGCCAAGCCUGGCAGCCUCCAUCUCAACGACAUGUAUGCUCCCCCUGACUACGCCAGCACUUUCACUGCCUUGGCUGACAACCACAUAAGCCAUAAUUCCAGCCUGGGUUAUCUCGGGGCAGUCGAGAGCAAGGUCACCUACCCUGCUCCUCCUCAGGUGCCCCCUACACGCUACUCUCCCAUUCCCAGGCACAUGCUGGCUGAGGAAGACUUCACCAGAGAGCCCCGCAAGAUCAUCCUGCACAAAGGCUCUACAGGCCUGGGCUUCAACAUCGUAGGAGGAGAGGAUGGAGAAGGCAUUUUUGUUUCCUUCAUCCUGGCAGGAGGCCCAGCCGACCUGAGUGGGGAGCUGCGAAGGGGAGACCGGAUCUUAUCGGUAAAUGGAGUCAACCUGAGGAAUGCUACUCAUGAGCAGGCGGCAGCUGCUCUGAAGCGGGCUGGCCAAUCAGUCACCAUUGUGGCCCAGUACAGACCUGAAGAGUACAGUCGCUUUGAAUCCAAGAUACAUGACUUGCGAGAACAAAUGAUGAACAGCAGCAUGAGUUCUGGGUCUGGGUCUCUCCGAACCAGCGAGAAGAGGUCCUUGUACGUCAGGGCCCUGUUUGAUUAUGAUCGGACUCGGGACAGCUGCCUGCCAAGUCAAGGACUCAGUUUCUCUUAUGGUGACAUUCUGCACGUCAUUAAUGCCUCUGAUGAUGAGUGGUGGCAAGCAAGGCUGGUGACUCCACAUGGAGAGAGUGAGCAGAUUGGUGUGAUCCCUAGUAAAAAGAGGGUUGAAAAGAAAGAGCGAGCUCGAUUGAAAACUGUGAAGUUCCAUGCCAGGACAGGGAUGAUUGAGUCUAACCGGUCGGUCAAAACGAAACGUAAAAAGAGUUUUCGCCUCUCCCGAAAGUUCCCAUUUUACAAGAGCAAAGAAAACAUGGCCCAGGAGAACAGCAUACAGGAACAGGGAGUGACAUCCAACACCAGUGACAGCGAGAGCAGUUCCAAAGGACAAGAGGAUGCUAUUUUGUCAUAUGAGCCAGUGACACGGCAAGAAAUUCACUAUGCCAGGCCCGUGAUCAUCUUGGGCCCAAUGAAGGACCGAGUCAAUGAUGACCUGAUCUCUGAGUUUCCACAUAAAUUUGGAUCCUGUGUGCCACAUACCACCCGGCCUCGGCGUGACAAUGAAGUCGAUGGACAGGAUUACCACUUCGUGGUUUCCCGGGAACAGAUGGAGAAGGAUAUCCAGGACAACAAGUUCAUUGAGGCGGGCCAGUUCAACGAUAAUCUCUAUGGGACCAGCAUCCAGUCCGUGCGGGCAGUUGCGGAGAGGGGCAAGCACUGCAUCUUAGAUGUCUCCGGCAACGCUAUAAAGAGACUGCAGCAAGCACAACUUUACCCCAUCGCCAUUUUCAUCAAGCCCAAGUCCAUUGAAGCCCUUAUGGAAAUGAACCGACGGCAGACAUAUGAACAAGCAAAUAAGAUCUAUGACAAAGCCAUGAAACUAGAGCAAGAGUUUGGAGAGUACUUUACAGCCAUCGUACAGGGUGACUCACUGGAAGAGAUUUAUAACAAGAUCAAACAAAUCAUCGAGGACCAGUCUGGGCACUACAUUUGGGUCCCAUCCCCUGAGAAACUCUGAAGAAUCCCCUCCAACCAUUCUCUUGUGAACAGAAGAAACCAAGUCCCUCUUCCCUCCUUCCUCCUCAUUCCUGUCCCCAUGGGGACACCAAAUGACUACUGUUCUUGUCCCCCUUUUUAGAUAUGUCAAAAAUUGA